UCGAUCGGGUGCGAUCCCGGCUAUAAACAACACGAGGGCCAUCCGCCCCUCCGCCAUCUGCGCCUCGCCCUCGGAGACCCAACAGCGAAGGCCAUCAGCCGACCCCCAGCCCCCGCCCGAGCCCCGCUCUCGCCCCCGCCCGCCGCGGCGCUGCCCGCCGGCGAGAUGGUCCCGCUGAACCACCCCGGCGUCGCCGCCGAGGUGCGGCUGGUGCUGCAGGGCGCCACCGACGCCGACCGCGAGUCCGUCCGCCGCGAGCUCUGCCAGUUAGUUGACUAUGGUCACGAUGGAUGUCUUUUGCUGCUCCAAGUCUGUUUGGAUGAAGUGCUGCUGAAUGACAGGGAGGCCAAAAACUUGCAGUUGAAGCAUGAUCUUCUAUCCGCCACUUUCAGAUAUUGUCUGGAUAAAACGUUUUUUAGCACUUGUUUCUGUGAGGCACUGAUGCAGAUAAAAACUGGUACCGAUGGCCUCCUUGAGACUCUGUCGAGUGCACUGGAACUCUCAGCGGCCGAGAAAGUCGGUAUUGGUCUUGCGCUGUCAGAUUCUGAUAAUUCAGGCAUGAAGCUGAAAGGGCAACAAUUUGCAAUUGCUCAAAUUGAGGAGUUGUGUUUGAAUCCUAAUCAAUCGGUACCAAAUGAUCAAAUUCAUGAAAUCGUCGUCUUCCUUCACCAGACCGAUGGCCUGACAAAGCAUAUGGAUACUUUUAGUAACAUUGCUUCUCUUCUAGAAGUUGGACAGAGUCCUUUUUUUGCUCCCAUCCCCAAAGAUCAGCAUGAUGUUCAGUCAAUAAAUCAUUCAAGACAUUUGGAGAUGUACUUGGAUAGCACAAAUGAUGACUUUGAGUCACUUCUUUCUGAAAUUGGGAAAGAAAUAAGUAUGGCGGACAUAGUAACUGAGUUGGGUUAUGGAUGCACUGUUGACAGCACACAGUGUAAGGAAAUACUUUCCACUUUUCAGCCUCUUGAUGAUGUGGCAAUAUCUAAGUUGCUCGGGGCAGUUAUUGGCACUCAAAAUAGUCUUGCAGAGGCCCAUAACACUUAUGCAACCUUCGUAUCUGCUAUUCGAAAUACCCACUUGAGUGAGUCGCCUCAAUUGACUACAUGGAACACAGAUGUUCUUGUGGAUUCAAUCAACGAAUUGGCCCCAAGUACUAAUUGGGUGCAUGUUAUGGAAAGCCUUGAUCAUGAGGGUUUCAGUAUUCCUGAUGAAGCAGCUUUCUGUUUACUGAUGAAUAUAUAUGGCCGCGCUUGCAAGGAUCCCUUUCCGCUUCAUGCUGUUUGUGGGUCAAUGUGGACAAAUACAGAAGGCCAGAUAUCAUUUUUAAAGCAUGCAAUUUCUGCCCCUGCUACUAUUUUUACAUUUGCACAUAGUUCGAGGCUGCUGGCACUUCCGGACUUUGCAAGUCUUGGUCCAGGUAAUCAUGCUUGGUUUUGCCUUGACCUUCUAGAGGUUUUGUGCCAGCUUGCUGAAGUUGGACACACUGUGUCGGUGCGGUCCAUGCUCGAUUAUCCUUUGGGACAUUGCCCUGAACUCCUACUUGUUGGUCUUGGACACAUCAACACUGCAUAUAAUCUCCUCCAAUUUGAAGUGCUGUCCUGUGCAUUUUCUGCUAUUCUGAAGGACACCACAAAGAGAAAUGUGGUGAAUUAUCUCUGGCAUAUUAACCCAUGCCUCACCCUUCGAGGAUUUGUUGAUGCUCAUUCUGAUCCAAGUUGUCUCCUGAGAAUUGUGGAUGUGUGUCACGACCUGAAGAUCCUAUCUGCUGUCCUCGAGUCCACUCCAUUCGCAUUUAGCAUUAGAUUGGUGGCUGCUGCUUGUAGGAAAGAUCAUAGCCAUCUUGAGAAAUGGCUCACUGAGAAGUUAACUGUAUACAAGGACGGUUUUGUCGAGGACUGCGUUAAUUUCCUGAAAGAAGCUAUGAAUGCCGCAUCUUAUGCAGUAGAGGGUACCACGGAACAACCUCAAUUUAGUGUUGUGGACACGUAUUGGGAAGCUUGUCCUCCCUUUAUAAAGGUUCUCCAGUCUCACUUGGGACAGCUCUUAUCCAACCAACUCUCGGAUGAACUAAGGGAGUUGUGUGCUCUGUAUGAAUCGAGAAAUCAGGGUCCUGUAGCAAGGGACAUACCUACCUCGGAGGGAGGUUCAGAUGAUGUUGAAGUAGAAGCAAAUGCGUAUUUUCACCAGAUGUUUUCUGGACAGAUAAACAUUGAUGUGAUGAUACAAAUGCUCACUCGCUUCAAAGAAUCUCCAGAUAAGAGGGAGCAAUCAAUUUUUAAUUGUAUGAUCUCAAAUCUGUUUGAGGAAUACAAGUUCUUUACGAAGUAUCCGGAUAAGCAGCUUAAACUAGCUGCUGUGCUAUUUGGAUCCCUUAUCAAACAUGAACUUGUGGCCCACCUCGGACUUGGGAUUGCUCUACGCGCUGUUCUUGAUGCCUUACGCAAGUCUGUUGAUUCAAAGAUGUUUAUGUUUGGUACGACAGCAUUGGAACAAUUCAUGGAUCGUGUAAUAGAGUGGCCACAGUACUGCAAUCACAUAUUGCAGAUUUCACAUCUUCGAGCUACUCAUGCUGAAAUGGUCUCUGCAAUUGAGCGAGCACUUGCCCGAAUUUCAUCAAGUCAAAAUGAGCCCAACGCUGGCAACUUGCUUUCUACGGAGCAGCUUGUUUCUGGAUCGUCAUCUAUUGAAGCCAUGGAGGCAUCUGAACCAUCAUGGCAGUUAAUGGGUACAUCUCCAACUCAGCUAGGAAGGACACCUUACCCGUUGCAGCAAAGGCAACCAAGUGUCCUUGGAGACAGGUCCAAGAUCUCCAUCGGCACCUCUCAGAAUAAGAGCAUUUUACCUAGUCAGCCUUCGGUUCCUUCAGCAUCUGCUGAUUCAGCCUUUAAUUUAAAGACUACUGUUCCACCUUCAUUAGCUCACUCUAUGAGCAUGUCAAAUAGUGCUCAUUCCACUAGUUUUCUGCGCCCCCGGAAUACCUCGACAGUUUUGCCCCGGCAACAUUCCUACACUACGGGAUUUGGAAAUGCUUUAAAUAUUGAGACACUUGUAGCUGCAGCGGAGCAAAGAGAUAAUCCAAUUGAGACUCCCCCAUCUGAAGUUCAGGACAAGAUCUUGUUUAUGAUUAACAAUAUAUCCACCUCUAAUAUGGAAGCCAAGGCGAAAGAAUUUAAUGAAGUGCUUCAGGAACAAUAUUAUCCUUGGUUUGCACAGUACAUGGUCAUGAAAAGGGCAAGCAUCGAGCCAAAUUUUCAUGAUUUAUACCUGAAAUUCUUUGACAAACUUAACUCAAGAUCCUUGAGUAAGGAGAUGCUGAAAGCUACAUAUGAGAACUGCAAGGUUUUGUUAAGAUCAGAUCUUAUCAAAUCUAGUUCCGAGGAACGUUCCUUGCUAAAAAAUUUGGGCAGUUGGUUGGGAAAAUUUACCAUUGGAAGAAACCAGACAUUAAGAGCCAAGGAAAUUGACCCGAAAUCUCUUAUUGUGGAGGCUUAUGAGAGAGGACUUAUGAUUGCUGUAAUUCCAUUCACUUCAAAGAUUCUCGAACCUUGCCAUUCAAGUAUAGCAUAUCGUCCUCCAAAUCCGUGGACAAUGGGAAUUCUUAGUCUACUUUCUGAGAUCUAUAAUCUACCAAACCUGAAGAUGAAUCUAAAAUUUGACAUUGAGGUCCUGUUUAAGAACCUCAGUGUGGACAUGAAAGAUGUGAAACCGACUUCCCUUCUUAAAGAUCGAGGACGUGAAGUUGAGGGAAACCCAGAUUUUUCAAACAAAGAUGUUGCUUCGUCCCAAACCCCAGUGGCUGCAGAAGUCUCUUCAGGUGUCAACCCCCCAAUAAAACAUGUAGACCUGCAGCCUGAGGUCAAUAGCACUUCCCGUACCCUGAGCCUUCCAACUUUGUAUACUGCUCCUGUUCGUCUCCCUCCUAACAGUAUGGUGGAGGAUGAUAAAAUUGCUCUAAUGAUGCCUGAGCAAGUUCCCUCUCACACCUUGACCCAGGUCUCAUCUUCACAAACACCAUUAGUAUCACUAUCGCCAUCGCCACUCUCUCUAACUCAGCUUUUGUCGCUGAUUCCACAUGAUGAGAUACGCUUCAAAAUAAGCUCAAAACUUUUGCCUUUUGGCUCACAGUUGCAGUUCAGCAAAAUCAUGGGUGUGGCUUUGGAUAAGGCUAUCAAAGAGAUAAUACUCCCGGUCAUUGAAAGAAGUGUCUCAAUAGCAAGCAAAACUACAAAAGAAAUUAUUCUAAAGGAUUAUGCAACGGAAUCUGAUUACAGUGCCGCAAAUCGCUCGGCUCGUUUGAUGGUCGGAACAUUAGCUGGAAGUCUAGCCCAUGUUACUUGCAAGGAACCGCUUCGUGUUGCGCUACUGUCUCAUCUCCGAAGCCUUACUCAAAACCUUGCUAGCAACAGCGAAACUCUUGAGCAAGUAGUACAGGUUCUGAUCAACGACAAUUUGGAUCUUGGCUGUGCAAGUAUCGAGUCUGUAGCGGCGCGCAAGGCUGUUGAUUCGAUUGAGGGUGAAAUAACUCAAUCCUUUUCACAACAAAGGAAGAAAAGAGAGGCAGCUGGUCCUACAUAUUAUGACUCUUUUACUUAUGCUCAAGGUCCAUUUGCCCCUGUACCUGAAGUAUUCCAUACCAAGGCAGAGUCUCCUGCCCAACAACGAGUAUAUGAGGAGUUUGGUCAUGUAUGGCAGAGUCAUGGCCAAAGUGUUGGUGCUGCAGGUUCUGGUACAGCUGCUGUAUCGAGCAAUUUUGGUGUACCUCGAGCUUACAGCCCAAGUUUAGCACAAGCUUCCAGUGCUUUCUUGUCUGCUCAAACAGCUCCACUUACAUUAACUCAGCCUACAGAGCUGGUGUAUGAGGAAUUGAUUCCUGGCGCUGCACAACUUUCUAGUGAUUCUCCUGCUCAAGUUGGGAUCAGCGACUCUUCUGGCUGGCUUGGUGGAACCAUUGGUGAUGCAUCCACAUCUCCACCCUUGAUGUCUAAUGACUUACCUGCGGGUGGAAUAAUGGAUUUAAAUGUUAUGACGCCACCUCCAGCUACAUUUUCUGACAAUCUAGGAUCUGGUUUACCUGAUACUUUGAGCACUGGUGAUGCUAUGGAGAGAUACGAACAGGUUUCACAAAAGCUGGAAGUCUUGAUUGCCAAGGAUGGUAAAGAUGUGGAAAUCCAGUCUGUUGUAGCGGAAGUUCCUGAUAUCUUACUCAAAUGUGUUAACCGGGAUGAGGCUGCAUUAGCUGUUGCACAAAAGGUUUUCAAAAGUUUGUAUGACAACACAUCAAAUAGCGGUUUUGUCAUGUGGUCUCUAGCAACCUUAGUUGCGAUAAGAGAUGUAUGCAAGCUUGAGCCAGAUGUCACCACCGCCGACUACUACUACCCUGACGGAGCCUACUACUACAUGGAGACCGUCGACGACCAAGAGUAG